GAUAACAUGAGCAACCUUUCAUCCACGGCCACAUUUUUGCUGCUGGAAUUCUCAGAGGUCAGGGAGCUGCAGAUCUUACACUUCUUAAUGUUCCUAGUAGUGUACUUGAUAACAGUAACAGGGAAUCUUCUCAUUUUCUUCGUCAUUGUCCUUGACCAUCAUCUGCACACCCCCAUGUAUUUUUUCCUCAUGCAUUUGGCCAUGGUAGACCUCGGCACAGUUUCUGUCAUUGUACCCAAAUCCAUGGCUGUGUCCCUCACAAAUAACAGGUCAAUUGCCUAUUUUGGAUGUGUUGCCCAGAUUUUCUUAUAUUGCCUCUUUGCAGCAACAGAUAUGGCCCUCCUAACCAUAAUGGCACAUGACCGCCAUGUUGCUAUUUGCAACCCAUUCCAGUAUGAGAGAAUCAUGCACCAAAAAGCCUGCCUCAAGAUGGUAGCUUUUGGUUGGGUUGCUGGUGUUCUUAAUGCUGUUUUGAAUACUUGUGGCACCUUUACAAUCAACUUCUGCUCUAACAAUGUCCAUCAGUUCUUUUGUGAAAUCCCACAGGUACUAAAGCUCUCCUGCUCUGACAUUUACCUAAUUGAAGUUGGUGUCAGCUUGCUUGCUCUUAACAUUGGGGUAGGUGGCUUCAUAUUCAUCAUCAUUACAUAUGUGAAGAUCUUUACUGUAGUCCUCAGAAUCCCCUCUGUUCAUGGUCAAAAGAAAGCCAUCUCCACCUGCCUUCCUCAUCUCACUGUUGUCUCUUUGCUCAUAUUCACUGCUGUAUUUGCAUAUGCGAGACCCCCCACAGAUGCUUCUUCUGAUUUAGGCAUAGCUUCUGCUGUGCUGUAUACCACAAUUCCUCCCAUGCUGAAUCCAUUCAUUUACAGCAUGAGAAACAAUGAGAUCAAAACUGCUUUAUGGAAAUUACUGCAUUUUGAUCGUUCCUCUAAAACGUCUUUUCCAAGACUCAAAUAA